GUCCUCCAGCAUGCCGCAUUUGCUUUCUUCUAUUUUCCCUAAUAUUUCCAUGCAAGAUCCAGAAAGGAUACAUUGUCUCUAGCCAGAAGCAAAGAUCUUCAUAGAACAGAAAGACUAAAAUGGGUCUGCUGAGCUCUAAAACCCUGAAGGCCAAGCAAGCCCACAUUCUUCUUCUGGGACUUGACUCUGCUGGGAAGUCUACUCUCCUUUAUAAAUUAAAGCUUGCCAAGGAUGUCACAACCAUUCCGACAAUAGGUUUCAAUGUGGAGAUGAUCCAGCUGGAAAGCAGUUUCUCACUCACAGUGUGGGAUGUUGGAGGACAAGAAAAAAUGAGAACCGUUUGGAGCUAUUACUGUGAGAAUACUGACGGGCUGGUGUACGUUGUGGAUAGUACAGACCAACAGCGACUGGAAACCUCCCGGAAAGAAUUUAAGCAUAUUUUGCAGAAUGAACAUAUUAAAAAUGUGCCUGUUGUCAUAUUGGCUAACAAACAAGAUGUGCCUGGAGCGCUGACAGCUGAGGACAUCACCAGAAUGUUUAAAGUAAAGAAGCUCUGCAGUGACCGGAACUGGUACGUGCAGCCCUGCUGUGCCAUCACAGGCGACGGACUGAUUGAAGCAUUCAGGAAACUAACAGGGUUUGUGAAAAGCCGCAUGAAAUCGAGAGAUACUUUUGCAUUCAUCAAGCAGAAAUGAGGCUGUGGAAAGGUCCAAGCUUUAAAAGAGAUGCUCAUGACAGUACGGUAACUGUUUUCCAUGACAAAUGAGAAAAGCAAGUACCUGAGUUGGUAAACUUUUUUCAGAUCUUGUUUCUCCUAAUUUCAGCUAAACAAAUCUAGAAAAUACCUAGAUUUUAGCUGAGCGCUUUCAAAACCCUGUCGUAAUGAUCACUAAGAAGGUUUUAUUAUAUUUGCAAAAUUUUAACAUGUUGGAUGAUCCAGAAUA